AUGUUGAAAAGUGUUUUCCCAAGAAGGUCAAAAAAACGACCACUUAAACAUGUCAGUGAUAAUACUGGCAAUUUUCUAAAGAAAACGGAUGGAGACGAUGAAGUGAUCAAUAAGUUUUGUUUUUCUCACGACAAGAGGCUUGGCAAAGAAUCACUGCGGUUAGUUAUUUUGGCUGAAAGUGAGCGGCGACUAUUAUUCGAUAGUGAAACUGUUUUACCGGUGAAUACGUCUGAUAUUUCAACUAAAACACCGCUUUCAAAUUGUGGUCGUUUUCGGUUUUUAAGACAUCGUUCAGAUGUUUCCUGUAUUGGACAGAUGAUAUUUGGUUCACUGUCCACAACAAAAAAUGAAUCCUUCAAAAUACAUUCUUUAAGUGAUAGCAAACAAGUUAUGGUAAGUCGCGUUAUUUCGGUCCCGAAAAUGGCAAGACCAUCAAACAGCGACAGCAAAAUCCCCGUUGGUAGUGCCAGUAGUGCCGAUUCGGAAAGCCCCUAUUCAACAGUUUGCUCAUUGGAGGGACUGCGCGGACCAACACAUUACAACUCACAAGCGACUGAUCCUCCCAAAGGUUUUACCCGAGUAAGGAAUGCUUCCCUACAUUUGGAGACCGAAGAAGGGAAUAUAAAAUCUUGCCGAGCUUUCUCACCUAAUCGUCUUUCCCGAUAUCGUCGUAUGCAACUUGCACAGCGGAGCAAUUUAUGUGAUGAAAAUAACUCCGGUCGUUGGUGUAGCCGAAGUCGUUUAAGUAGUUGUAGUUCAACAGCAGAGGAAGAGUCGAGACAGAUUGCAAUUGGAGUCUUAUUCCGAGAAGAAGAGAAACAGUUUCUGCUUUGUCACAUUCCUCUUAUUGAAAUUGAAAUCAUCAAACUGGAGGCUCAAAUUCUAAAAGCAACACUUUCUCGCACUCGUUUUUUGCAUUUAUUGUUUGAGGCGUGGUUAGAAUUGGUGCAUAAUGUUUGUUUGUUGUACAAUUCAUACCGAUUUCGCUCUCCAGUUUGGUUGAGUCUGAUGAAUGAAAGGGAGUAUGCUUCAACGGCUAAUAACUUCUGUACUAAUUUAGCUGCACUGAUUUGUGAAUAUGAUUUGAAAUCUACGCGAUACUUUGUAUCCACUUUAUUAUCUUGUGUUUUGAUGAACCAUCUUGCAUGGGUCGCCAGUGUCACGCCAUCAGAAGACUGCGAAGAUCUUCAUCGCUCGCUUUUGAUGGGGACGAGCGGAAGUUCAGAUUGUAUGCGUUGUCCGUACAAUGCGCAAUUAGCUCAGUACAUGGAAAUAAGCGGCAGUGUGGGCGGUGCUACACGUUUAGCUCGAACAGUUAUCAUCGGAAAUGAUAUGAAAUUGAUCACACAUUUGCUAUACGUUCUCACAUAUUUUGUUCGAUGUUCAGCAAUUCAACCGAAUGGAAAUAAAGCUGACAAAUGGGAUUCACAGCCAGGAAUGAGAUCUUUUUCACCGACCAGUUGCAGCGAAGAUGGUAGUGUUGAUUUUGGCAAAAAAUACUCGUUAAGAGAGGAAGCUGACAAUAGAGGGCCAGACUUUACGGUUCUUCGAGAGACAACGGAACCGAGUGUUAAUGCGAAACAUUCUGGAUGGUAUUUUCCGUUAACGUGUGAAAGUGGUGAUUCAACGGAUACGAGUUUGGCUUGGUCUAUGUUGGCUGGACCUUGCGAUUCUUAUUGCUCACAUUUUGUUAUAUGCGGGUUACGCUUGGCUACCAUUGACUUGGAAGAGGUUUGUAUAUGUGGAUUUCAGUUAAGCUGUGCUCAUUUUGUUGCGUUUGCGAGGAAAUCUGUCGUACGCUAA